AGCCGCUUGCCUACGUACAACAAGUAAGUUUAUGUGUUGUGUUUGUGGAAAUAUAAACGUAGAAAGUAGGUAAAUACUUGUAUUUUACGCGCACGUUUAGAUCGUGAAAUGCGCGAUUAUAUAUUCAUCUGGACAAUUUCUGGAUUAAUUCCAGCCGAUCCAAUCUUCCAAUUACAACGGAUUGUUGCGUAUUUAAUAGACAAUGCUCAAACGCAAUUAACGAGUGAUGAACACCCCCGUAAUAUUAAAUAAUUACUCGUUUAAAAAUAACUUCCAAAGUGGAGAUUUCAGGACGACAUGCCAAGCGGAGGGUUAAUGAAUGGAUUAAUUAUUAACGUUAGGAACUUGGAGAGUUGGGGAAGUGAAAUAUAUCCAAACAGAAGGAUUACGCGGUAAAACGGGAAACUAAAAUUACUUUGGAACAUCUGGAAUGUAUAGCGGCGAAACGACUGGAUGGAAAAUUAAAUUUUGUAAAUUUUACUUUUAGUACAACUAUUUGCUAAACGAUAAAAUUUUAUUCAGCCGAGAAAUAACGUAGCGAAUAAAUUAAGCCAUUCAAUAUACUGCGGCAUCGCGAGUUAUUUUCACAACAGCAUUUUACGAUUCAAUCCGAUUAAAUUCGAUUUUAUUACCGUCCCGUUUUUAAAAUACACCCAUUUCGAUAUCUCUAUGUAACGUUACUCUAAUUAUUUCAUUCUGGUACUUUUAUUUACCGCGUAAACCGACUAUUUUUAAAUUAAAAACCGCCUUAAAUUUUGGAAUUUCGUCCGAUUUGCGUAACGUGUAAACGCGCCACGAAUCCAGUAGAUGUAUUUUAAUUUAAAUGCUAGUUAAAUGCGCUGAACUUGACAUCGUUUCCAAACUGGAUUAAGUACUGUACCGAGCGCUACGAGAGUUACGCGGCGUUUUUAAUUCAUUAUUGGAUUCAUUUUCCCACCUAAAAAGAUUUUUAUUGUUAUUACUCUUAAUAGUGUGAUAUGAAGAUGAAGGCGGUUUUUCUUCUGACGAUUUUCUGCAACGGGAUAAUUUAUUCAAACGCGUGUUCCUGCUUACCGCAACAUCCGCAGGAAACGUUUUGCAGCUCGGAUUUCGUAAUUCUAGCCAGAGUGAAAAGGGAGAGGAUUGUUAACGAUAUGAGAGUGUACAAAUUGAGGAUCAGGAAGGAAUUCAAAAUCUCAGAAAAGGGCACAUUAGCUCUGAAAUCCGGCAAAAUCAGCACAUCCUCCGACGAUGGAAUGUGCGGUGUUAGUUUAGUACCCGGAAAACUGUACGUAUUAUCAGGAAGCAUUCGGAGCUUGAAGGCGCACAUUAGCAUGUGCGAUUUGAACACGGAAUGGAGCAAAGUGACGAAGCGUCAACGCAAAGGCUACAGGGCGCUCUAUUCGUACGGAUGUUCGUGCGAUAUCCACCGAUGCCCCGGUUUCAAAAAAUGCCGCAGGCGCCCGGACAGUUGCAGUUGGAGAAAUUCGUGCGAAACUAACGAAGUAAGUGGGAAAUACGAAAUACUUCAAAACCGCAAUUAUUCCAGUUUUAUCGGCGUUUACGAACGACGGUUCGUCGACCGCCACUUCUUAGAUUACCGCUCGAAUACGCGAGUUUUAUUGAUUGUUUGCUCGAUUCUUUUUUAGGGCAUAUGCAUGCGAAAGCCGCACAAAUCGUGCAUGUGGGCGCGGACGAAAAAACUCACAAGUUGCACGAGGGAAUGGCGAAGAAAUGGCACUCGGAGCGGCGGGACACAUCACCAUUACAAUUUCCUUUAAUUCUAAAACCGUGUAUGUACUACAGAGUCUUCAUAAAUGAUUGAUUCCCACGUGACCGAAUUCGAAAUGAACCUAGUAAAUUUGUUAUGUUUAAGUUGGUACCCACAAAAUAAGUUACUAGAACACUGUCAUUAAUGUCAAGUCAACGUCAACUCGAUGAAAUCUCGGUAGAAAUAACGUAUUUUUCUUAGAUUUUCCCACGGGUCUAUAUUUCUAAGGUCUGGAAACUCCCUAUGCUUAUGCAUUAGAGAAUGUGUCCGGUUAUUUGAGGACUUUUUGAGCUUCACUUUUGCGCCGCACCGUAGCGAACGAUCCGAGGACCAACUUAUCUCAGCCAAUCAGCGUCGUGAUACACAUAAAUCGCGGUUGUGAGAUGACAGUUCAAGCUGUCAAAACUUUAAAAAUUAUUAUUUGACAUUUGCACUUUUGGUUGCAUAAAUUUUUAGGUUACUUGGGAAUCAUCAUGUAUGAGGACUAGUAUAGGAACUUGUGUACAGUUAAAUCCAAUCAUCAUCAAACAGGUACGCGUAUGUGCAAAUACGUUUUUAAUCAAGUAAAAGCCUUCGGAUGUGUUGUUAAAAGUUAUUUAAGUUUCUAGCUUGAAAGCUCCGAUGCUUUCAGUUACUCGAAAAAGCCAUAAUAGAAGUUAGUUGUUUCUGUGUAUAUACAUAUUUUAUUUUUGUACGAAAGCUUACCUAUGUAUAUAAAAAUGUAUGUUGAUAUAAAAGAAGAGCUUUAAAAGCACCAGUUUCAAAUAAAAAGACUACUUACAAACCCUCUUCUUUUAUAACUAGGUACUUAGAUAAUGCAGUAUUAAUAUUAAUAUAUGAACAAAUGUUGAGUACAAGUAAUUUAAUAAUUAUUUAAUCGUUAUCUCUGUUACCUAUUCUCUUCAUUGUAAAGUUUCACGCAACUAUUAAACCUGAAUAAAGAUAAGUA